CCUUUUCUUUCCUUUUUUAGCUAUACACAACUUUAUCUUUGUUGGUGGCAUUAAAGGGCGAGAACAGGCAAGCAAACUAAAGUACAGAAAAUAAAUACAAAGACUCGCUUCUGUAGCUAAUUUUCAUAGCAGUUUACCAGAUAUUUCUUUGAGGGAGUUAAACUUUUCCACAGACUCUAUUUGCUGCUGAUUACUUCUCCUAUGUCCAGCCAGAUGGUGCUUCGCUGCACUAAUUCAUUUGGAUUAUUUCGACCUAAAUUUAAUGGCCAAUUCAUUCCCUCCGUAUACCGCAUAGAUGUGUCAGCCUUAACGAGGCAUGUGUCUCCCACAACUCCUCUCUCCUUUUGUCAGCUUCAGGCAUCAAAACUCCAUGAUAGUCCAGUCACCGUUGCGAGUGAUGUGAGAUAUGGUGGUAAACAAAUUAUAAGUGUCGAUUCGCAGCUGUAUGACUACAUUUUGUCAAAUGUUAGAGAACCAAAGAUUUUGCGUGAACUUAGGGAGGAGACAGCAACAAUGCAAGGUAGCCAGAUGCAGGUGUCACCGGAUCAAGCACAACUACUUGCUAUGCUCGUCCAGAUUCUUGGGGCAAAAAGGUGCAUUGAAGUGGGCACAUAUACUGGAUACUCAUCCUUGGCUGUUGCCCUAGUCCUUCCAGAAGGGGGUCAUUUAAUUGCUUGUGAAAGAGAUGGCAAAUCAAUUGAAGUUGCAAAAAGAUAUUAUGACCGAGCAGGCGUGUCACAUAAGGUGGACGUGAGACAUGGUCUAGCACUAGAUACUUUGAAGUCAUUGAUUCAAAAUGGUGAAAGUUGCAGCUAUGAUUUUGCUUUUGUAGACGCAGAAAAGAGAAUGUAUCAAGAGUACUUUGAGUUGCUGCUACAACUGGUGAGAGUUGGCGGUCUUAUUGUAGUAGAUAAUGUCCUAUGGCAUGGAAGAGUUUCCGAUCCACUGGUAAGUGAUUCCAAGACUCUUAGCAUUAGAAAAUUUAAUGAAACCUUAAUGGAGGAUAGCCGCGUUGACAUCAGUAUGGUGCCUAUUGGUGAUGGUAUGACGAUUUGUCGGAAAAGAUAAAGCCUACUAAAAAAGAGAUUGAAGGUUGAACUGCCUUAGCUCUAUUUCAUGCUUGUUUAGUCUCAGUUUCCAGUGUGUAAUAUUUUUUUGUUCACUUUUUCAUUUAUAAAAGAAAGAAGUUUUUAUAGUUUCUCA